AUCUUUGGAGGGUUAUGGCUGCUGACGAUUCUUUUGCCUCUGCUCUCCGCAACUUAGGGGGUGUUCAUGUGCUCCCGAAGCCUCAGCCGAAACAGAAGUCGGCGAAGAAGGGGGAAUCCGGGUCCUCUCGCCAGGGAACUGAAGGGACCGGGCACUCUAGUGCGACUCCGGAUCCAGAGCUGCAGAUAGGGGGUCCGGAGUUGGACGUUGACGCUGUCGAGGUGGAGAGCCCGGUCCAUGAGCCGAAGAAGAAGAGGAAGAAUACUAGUUCAUCUCAAAAACAGGUGAUUGAUAUGACGGAGGAGGAUCCGGGAAAAUCUGCUAUGGAGUUGGUGGACUUGGGAGCUGGAGGUGAGGGUGGUUCUCGACCGGCGCCUAAAUUUGGCAAGUAUCCGGUCAAGAAAGUCAUAGGUUUGAUGUUCGAGCUCCCCUCCGACCAGGAUUGGGAAAUGAUGGAGGAUGAGGGCCUCGCUGCGAAUUUCAAAGAAAUAGGAAAUCUCUGGGGACAGCUUGGUGGUCGCUUGGCCGGGUUCAACACUCAUGCUCUGGCUGAUCUAAAGAAAGAACGAGACCUUUCUGUGAAGAGUCUAGCUCGCGUUUCCAAGCUGGAGAAGGACCUAGAUCUGGAAAGGUCUGCCCGGGAAGCGCUGGAGUCCGGGAUGGCUACCAAAAUCAAGGAAGCGGAACUCCGGAAGGAAACAGAACUUGGUCAGAGGGUGAAAGAUGCGGAGGCCCGGGCUGAUGAGGCCGAGAAGAGAGUAGCCGGGUUGGAGGGAGAGCUUAGCAAGCUGAAAGAACAACUCGAGUUCCGGAAGGAUGCUGCGGUGGUUAUAGCCGAGUUCAAGAAAUCUCCGGAGUAUGAUGCGGCUCUCAACAAAGCUGCCGCUGCUGAGGUCCUCCGCUGUUGGAAUGUGGCGGAAAGGCAUAUUAAGACCGGUCCGGCGGCUAACCUCCAAAGUUUCAUUGAGCUCUUUCUGGCGGCUAAGGACAAGAUCAAGGCCGGGAAGGGGGAGCCGGAGCCGUACGAAGGUCCUUCUCCCAGUUUUCUCCCACCAGUGAACCCGGAUCAAGAAACUGCCUCUGAUUCUUCCGCCGAGUCUGAUCCCCAGGCCAAUGACCGUCCUGCCAACUAGUUCCUCUUUUCUUUAAUUCUGAACAUGUUGUCUGAAACAAUCUUUUGUAUCUCUGAAUUUGCUUUUGUUGGAUUUAGAUAUUUAUCCGGGGCCUAUGUAGACCCGGGAUUGUGGA